GAAAGCAAAACUAGUAAACAAAAAGAGAAAGAGAGAGAGAGAGAGAUGGGAAAGAAAACUUCUUCGAAACCGAGUCAAGUGUUGUUCAUUGUGGUUCUUCUUUGCAUAUGCAUCUAUCGUACCGAAUCAGCUGUUCCUUCUCAUCAUCAUCACCAACUUUCAAUAACCGGGAGGAGAAUGAUGGCUUCUAAUAGGUCUGAUAAUCAUCAGAAAGGGAAGACACAAGAGAAUAUUUAUAAGCCAAACAGUGAGAUAUUUACAGGACCUUCACAUAGUGGACAUGGUGGUAGCAGCAUUGAUCAAGUUUCUUCGCCUUAGUUUUUGGGAAAAUGAUGAUCUAUUAAAUAAUUCGAGGUCAUUCAUAUAGGCUUUGAAAAAUAAAAACUCUAUAGCUUCAAAAAUAAAAACUCUAUCAUUAAUGUAUGAUGUAUUUAUAAUUUGUGUAAAAAUAUAUAAGUGUUUUAAGAUUUUGUUUUUAAUAAAUUUCCAAUAGUUAAAUAUGUUCCGAA